UUGCAGGUCAACCAGCAGGGGGCAGCCCUGACCCUCCGAUCCACCUUGUCAGCCGGAUUUAUCAACACGAAGAAGAACAGCAGGAAGCGUCAACAAACAGAAAUGGCUACAGGAGUGGAUCAAGCAGUUGGCAUGAGUCUUGUUGUCUUCAGCCUUCUGUUGUUUACAUACUACUCUAUCUGGGUCAUCAUCCUGCCUUUUGUGGACAGUGAUCACGUACUGCACAAGUAUUUUCUUCCUCGGGAGUACUCAGUCAUUCUGCCUGGCAUUGCAGCAGUAGUACUGCUCCUCUGUAUAGGGGCCUUCACUGCAGUUAUCAUGUGGAAAAAUCGCAAGCCAAAAAAAGUGGACUAAUCUUGUUGAAGUGACUGCUGUGGAUUGUGGGAAAAUAGCCUUGAUGCAAAACCGUCUCUAGUGGCCCUAGCGUUAAUGCUCACAGAAUGAGAAUUGUAAAAAGAAAGCUUUCCAAUAUUUAUUUUAUAUUUUGGUUCUAUUUUCCAUUCUGUUCAAGUUGUUAACUAGAAAUCAGCUACUGAGUUUUAAUCUGCUAUGUGUCGAAUUUGAGAACCUUCGACUUCAGUGAGUGGUAGAUUAUGAAAAGACACUGAGAAUGAAUAUUGUAAAGACUAAAUAUAGACUGCAACAAUGAUAACAUAAAAGAUCCCAUUAAAAAAA